AUGCCUUCUAUUCGACCGAGCUUCCUGGGUGGAACGCUCACACCGUUCCUCUACCCAGCAUUCGCUGAGUCAUCCUUUAUCACUGUCUCACGCAGAUGUCCGCUGCACAGGCGAUUUCCGCUACAGGCGCGAUGUAGUUCUACAGCCACCGGACCCUCAGAUUCUUCACGGCUCGACCCCACCCCGGAUGACUACUCUUUGACACCGUUCGCCGACCGAUGCAUUCUCACGCUCGAAGCUGGCGCCGGUGGGCAUGGCUGCGUAUCGUUUCUGCGUGAGAUGUACACGCCGGAGGGCCCAGCCAACGGCGGCGAUGGAGGGAGCGGAGGGAACGUAUACAUCCAGGCCGUGCGCGGUGAAACUUCGCUGCACAAGCUUGCCAGGAGACGUCUCAUCAAGGCGGGCAGAGGGCGCAACGGUCAGGGCAAAGUGAAGGGUGGCGAAAGAGGUGCAGAUGUCCUCAUCAAGGUGCCCAUAGGAACCAUUGUACGCGAAAUUCAACGACACGACCCCAUCGAGCUGCUCCUUGAAGAGGCAGAGAAGGCAGAAAUGCAGCGCGAACGGGCGGAAGCAGAUGGCGAAGCAGAGGAGGAGCAAGGCGGCUUCAAGAAGGACAAAUGGCUGGUCUAUCCCGGCACAGUACCCACGGAGCUCAACAGGAUGAAGUUCCCUCAACUGCCAAAGCCUCGAAGAUCACAUCUCGCCGCCCUCGAACCACAGUCGCCCAUUUGGCUUGACCUCGACAAGCACAUGGAGACGCCGAUGCUGCUUGCAGCCGGUGCCAUGGGCGGUCUCGGAAACCCCAACUUCAUGACACCCUUCAACAACAGGCCUAAGAUGGCGACAAGAGGAGAGGAAGGCCUCAAGAUCUCAGUCCAACUCGAACUGAAGAUCCUUGCAGAUCUGGGUCUUGUUGGACUGCCAAAUGCCGGAAAGAGCACCCUCCUUCGAGCUUUAAGCAACAGCCGCGCCCGAGUCGGAAACUGGGCCUUCACCACGCUUCAACCCAAUGUCGGCACUGUUGUUCUCGACAACCACAAAGGUCGUCCUUUAGUCGUGAAGCGCAACAAGCACGGCGAGCUCCGCGAGAGCUUCACCAUUGCCGACGUCCCCGGACUCAUUGAAGACGCGCAUCUCGACAAAGGCCUUGGUCUCGGCUUUUUACGCCACGUGGAGCGCGCCGCCGUCCUCGCCUUUGUCAUCGACCUGAACGCCGGUGAUGCCAUCAAAGCGCUCAAGCUCCUCUGGCGCGAAGUAUCCGAGUACGAAACCCUGCGCGGCAAGGAACUCAACGCCGAGACGGAGCGUAGAAUGGUCAUGUACCGGCCAGCCAACAGCGUCGAUCAUGCCUCCUCCUUCGAUACGCUCGACACACCCGACCUGGACCGCUCACUCGAGCCCCUGCCUUUCGUAGCCUCGGAGCCCAUCUCCGCGAAGCCGUGGUUCGUCGUCGCCACAAAGGCGGACCUAGACGGCACGCAGGCAAACUACGAAACGCUGCAGCAGUACCUCGACGACGUGAAGAGCGGCGCGCAGCCUCAUCCUAGUGGGCGUGAGAACGCGUGGAAGCGAGAUGUUUCCUCGAUCCCUAUCAGUGCCAUCAACGCCCAUGGCGUGGAGGCGAUACCGCAGAUAGUUAUGGACCUGCUGGACGAUUAG